GUAAUAAAUCAUUUUAAUAUUUAAAAUUUUAUUUUUAUUUUGUUUAUUUCUUUUUGAACAAAGGGAAUUUUAGAGGUAAUUCACGGUAGAGAUGAUGGCUAAGCUUAGUGUCAAGCUCAAGCUUUCUCGUGUUAUCCAUUCUUUCCAACUCUGUCGAUCCAAGGACCGUAUGAAUUUGGUGGAAACGCCGCGUCCGGUGAGCUACAGGAUGUCGCCGGUGAAUCCUAAAGCGCUUGACAUCAGCUUCCCCAACCUCCCUUCUUCGCCACCGUCAACUCCGAACUACAGUUUUGAAAAAAGUUGCUUGUCGCCGAAGGUGGCGUCGGUUAACUGCGGAUGCCGAGCGAAAUCAUCCAAAUGGUAUCUUUCGUCGGAGUACGGCACCGAGGAAGGAGCAGCUCGGUUGCACAUGGUGGACAGAGCGCACGAUCCGAGGAAUAUUCAGGGCAAUAUCUCUAAUGCUACGUCGUUUAAGAAGGAGAAUAACGGGGACAUAUCGCCGGUUCGAGUCGGAAAAUAUGAGAAGAGACAGAAGGAAAAGAAAAUAAUGAUGAAAGUUAAACCAAGCAUUUCGUCCAGUGAGAGCGGGAGGUGCAGCAGCGAAGGAGAGGGAAAUGAAGAAGAAACCGAAAACCUAAUUUCCUUCUCCGACGAUUCAUUAUUUGAGUUCCAUAAUCCAAACAAGAAGAGAGUAAACAACGUAAAGAAGAUAAAGCUGAGAUCCCACGCCUCCAAGAAGUACAGAAAGAAGGCGGAUCAGUCUCCGGUAAUACCGAACACGGUGGAGGGGAAGGUUAGGGAGAGUGUGGCGGUGGUGAAGAAAUCGGAUGAUCCGUACGAGGAUUUUAAGAGAUCAAUGUUGGAGAUGAUAUUGGAGAAGCAGAUGUUUGAGGCAAAGGAUUUGGAGGAACUGUUGCAGUGUUUUCUUUCCUUGAAUUCACGGCAGCAUCAUGGAGUUAUCGUGGAGGCGUUCACGGGAAUUUGGGAACUCUUGUUCUGCAACUCAUGCCAAUGAACAGUAAGAGAAAACGAGGAUUUGAAGGAUGUGAUUUAUUAAUUUUUUACGUUAGCAAUUCUAAUUUGAUUUGUCAUGUAAAAACCGAACAGUAAUAUUAUACAUGAUUAAGCUAGUUUGCUAUAACUCCAUAUUGUAAUAUAUGUACUUUCUUGAUAAAUAAUAAUAACAAAGUAUUUUG